AUGAUCUCUCCCAUUACUUUCAGAGCUGGAACGUGUGAAUAUGAUGAGGAGUCCAAAACAUGUACUCCGAAUGCUAUGAAGGGCGAAGUUACAAUAAAACCAUCAGACGAAACGGCGGGGUUUUAUGACUUCAUUUGGAAAGCAACUGAAACUACGGCAUCGGGGACCCCUGAACCCAUUGAAUUAAUCUUGAUCCCUGGUGAAACAAAAUGGUUGCAUGUGAAAUCCUGUAAGACCGGUAGAGUGGCAUGUUUACUGUUCUCUUCAGGUGAGAAGUACUUCUUCUGGAUGCAAGAAAAACAUAAGAAGGAUGAGCCUCUGGGGGACUUGAAUUCCAAGGACGAAAAGCUUUUCAAGUCGAUAGAAGAUAUAUUACGUUUUGAGGAGGAAGAUGAUGUGGAUGAUGACGAUAGCGGUGACAUUCCGAUGGAAGAUGCGCAAGAGGAGCCCGACCAACCGAAUGCACAACCAAUUGGACACAUUGCUGAUUUUUUAACGAAAGAUCUGAUUACUAGUUAUGUUCAAUCAUUAGACGAGGAUUCCCCUGCUCUUGCUGCGCUAUGUGAUUUCCUGCCAGUUGAAUUUGGAAAAGGAAAGGCGGAACUUCUAGAAUGCCUUCGCGGUCCAUUCUUUUCGCAGGCGGUUGACACUCUGAGCCGUAACUUGAACGAAGAUUAUGGUGGCAUUACUAUAGCACAAGCGCUAGGUUACCAAUACAAGGGCGAGGGUGUAGGAGCAUUCUUGGCUAGUGUGAGAGAGCAGGGAGGGAAGGAGAAGAGACAGGGAUCUGAGAACCAGGAAGAAAAAUAA